UAUUACUCGGAUCUCGAGAGUGACGCAGCAGGCGGGGGAGUUGGGAACUGAAGCCCUUUCGCUCUCGCGCUCUCACACACAACUCUCUCCUUUUCUUGUCUCUGGACGACGAGUCGUUCUCUCUGUCUCUAUCUCCGUGUAGAAUGGCGAGCACGGCGGAGGAGAAGCCGGAUAUGGAAAUGGUGGUGUACGACAUAGAAGACGACGAGCACGAUUCCAAGGAGAUGGUUCUCCAGAAGUACUUCCUUCUGGAAUGGAAGCUCGUCAAGUCCCUCCUACUCGACAUCGUUUCCAAUGGCCGCGUCUCCGAUCCCUCCUCUGUCAGCACCAUCCGAUCCAUUUUUAUUUUGAAAGUAUUGCCGCUGCUGACACACUGCUGGACUGCCUCAAUUCGUGCUGGACGUGUUUGCAUUUUUUUAUUCCUUUCUCAAACUCACGAGGAUCAAUUGUAUUUCCUUUGGCAUUUUUCUUUUGCCUUUUGCUCCUAAAUCCUAGAUUUGAAUGAAAGUGUAUUCUAUACCAUGAGGGAAGACGUCAAACACUCCAUUCUUAUGCUAAAGCUUGAAUGUGGUUUGCCAAGAUAGUGCAUGUAGUAUUUGGAUUCCACAUUCAGUGACAGUAUAUUAGAAUA